AUGGAGGUCUACGUAGAUGACAAGCUAGUCAAAGCUCCCCAACGAGCAGAUCACAUCAAGAAUCUUGAUGAAGCAGUCAGCUUGCUCCGAAGUGGGGCUUAUGCCGCAAGCACCUACCAAGAAAGACAUGAUGAUCAUCGCCACAAACUUAUCGAGGCCGAAGCUCUAUCCUUUACUAAAGAAACCAAUGUAGAGUGA